CUCACGCACUGCAUACGCCACCACCACCACCACUACCUUUUGCUUAACUCUUUGAUAUAAUUACUUGCUAAUUCUUGCAUGGCAGUGAGCCUGCUUGCACGCGAGGUAUCCGACCUCUGUCUAGGAAAGCCUGCACUGAGGUCUCUCCCGCUCACCGCCACUGUUGCAGAAGCUCUCUUUGCUCUAAAGAACUCUGAUGAUAACUUCUUAAGCGUCUGGAGUUGUGACCACACGCCUAAGACAGUUACUGGGUUUCAAGGGGAUGUUGAUGAAGAUGAAUGUAUAUGUGUUGGGAAGGUGAGCAUAGCGGAUGUCAUAUGCUAUCUUUGCCAGGAUGACAACUUGCUAUCGCCUUCAUCAGCCUUGAAAGCUCCUCUUUCUGUUCUGUUGCCUAAGAUUCCUGGCCUUGUCAUGCAUGUGGAACCAUCUUCGAGCUUAUUAGAAGUAAUUGAUCUGAUCCUUCAAGGAGCUCAAAACCUGGUGGUACCUAUAAAGACUAGACUCAGUUCCUCCAAUUCAAGAAGAAAGCAGCAGCAGAAACUCCUGGUAACAACCAACUCCCCCACCACCAUCCACGGCGGCCGCGAAUUCUGCUGGCUAACUCAAGAAGAUAUAAUAAGAUUCCUCCUCAGCUCCAUCGGCCUUUUCUCUCCCAUCCCAGCUCUCUCCAUCGACAGUCUUGGCAUCAUCAGCACUGACAUCAUUACCACAGACUACCACUCCCCUGCUUCCUCCGCAGUUGCAGCCAUUUCUCGCUGUCUGGCGGACCAGACUUCAGUCGCAGUGGUUGACGGCGACGAGGGUAUCUUGAUCGGAGAGCUGUCGCCACUCACACUAGCCUGCUGCGAUGAGACAGUGGCAGCAGCCAUCACGACCCUGUCCUGUGGGGAUUUAAUGGCCUACAUUGAUUGUGGAGGCCCCCCAGAGGACCUCGUCAGGGUAGUGAUGGCAAGGCUGAAGCAGAGAGACCUCGAAGCUAUGCUACAAAAAUUCAAAAACUCAACAACAUCACUCGUCUCACUAUCUUCUUCGUCAUCAUCAGAUGAGGAGUCUGGAACAACAUUGUAUAGGUCAGGGAAGUACAGUAGGUCAAUGAGUUACUCUGCAAGGAUGGUGAGAAGAGCGGAGGCAAUAGUUUGCCAUCCUAAAAGCUCACUGGUGGCAGUGAUGAUUCAGGCAAUUGCACACAGAGUAAAUUAUGUGUGGGUUAUAGAGGAGAAUUGUAGCUUGGUUGGCAUUGUUACAUUCUGUAAUAUGCUGAAGGUUUUCAGGGAACAUUUAGAGCCACAGCCUAUGGCCCAAAAAAGCUGAACAGAGGAGUGAUGAGGAGCAUUUCUAAUUUCUAGUAAAGUUUUGAUUUUUAGUUUUGUGGGUUUUAAUCAUCUGCUAAGGCUUAGAUGCUAGUAUGGUGGAAGCUUAAUGUAAGAAAAUGAGUGAUUAGGACUGUGAUGUGAAUGUGCAACAUCUUUUCUCUAAUUAAUGAAUGUGCUUUUCACCUUUA